UUCUUGGCCGGUCAGGACUGGGAAGGCGUAGAGGAGACAAAGUCGACUCUUGGAAGCGUGAAGAGGGUUCUUCGGGCCGCGGGUGCCGUAGGCGUGACCUUCCUUGUGCCUACGGAAACGCAGAGACCCUGGUCUCCUCCGAUGGGGUACCAGACGGUGUAUGAAUCCUAUUUUCAGGAAGACACUCGUUGCUGGUUCCCCAUCCCGCGACUGAUCACAGCAUACGCCAGACGUCGAGAUCUCGCGAUCAGUCAGCUGCUGAAUGGCUCGCUGCGUCUAGCGGUCACUUUGUCGGUUUUGGCGGAGCAGAUCGACAUGCCGAUGAGCGUUAGGUCGUUCGAGGAGAUGACCUCGAUAACCGACAUGAAAGAUGGCACUUACUCGGUGAAGAUGCGACCGAACUGCAAUGUGUGUGCCGGUCAUCCUAAUAAGACGCAAAAUUGGCAGCGCUCCUACUUCUUCCUUAAGUCCGACAGCUCGGCCUUCGAGGAGCCUCCCCAAGAUGAUUACCGAGUUCUUUGGAACCGUUCUUGCGGUAGAAUACUCUGUCGCGAACCGUAAGCGAUUUGUCGAUUCUAACCAACCAUUUUUUUGCUUUGUAUGCAGUUGGCCAUCCUACCUCCCCAGCUUAUCCCGAAGAUUUCUUGAGGAGUGUUCGCGCCGUCGCUCUGCUUCGAGUCUAUCGUUGGUCUGAGAUCUCCGUCGAAAGGAUCCGUGAGCUUAAGGAUCGAAUCGCUCGAAGAGAGUGGAGAUCCGACCUUCCGACCGUUCUUCCCAUUCGUGCUAAGCGACUGGUGGACAUCUUCCCGAGAGACAUCCAAAAACAAAUCACCGAGGCGAAGAAGAUGGGCACUCUUCCUGAUUUGAGCGCAAUAAUAGCGGCCCAGCUGGGGCUGACUAGCGGGGAAGGGCCCUCAACGGCGGUUCCUCGUUCUGACGAGGUUUUCCCUUCCGAUGCCAGAAGUGCGGGGAAGGGCAAGAAAAGAAAAAGAGGCGAUGGUUCGGGAGCCGGGAGGAGUACUGAGGAGACAAGUGAUGUCCCUCCUUCCAGUGAGCCCCGGAAGAAGAGCAAGAAGAAAAGGACAAAGAAGAAGUCCACCGGCGAGCAGUUGGAAGAUGCUGACGAGCAGAUCGAGCAAGAGGAAGAGGAUGCUCGAGGAGAAGAAAUUCAGCCCGAAGAGGGGGGUUCUGGGGCUGAAGCCUCGGGGGGACGGAAUGACGAGGAGGGAGUAAGCGAAGGAGGGGAACGCGAGACUUCUCUUAACGCCGCCUGCUCGGGUGAUUCCGAGGAAGAUAGCGAAGGGUCGCCACUCCUGAUAAGGAGGGGAAACGACGAAGACGAUGAUGAAAGGCGGUCUCCUGUCCUGACGUUUCCUCGCGAGAGAACUCCAGUUCCCGUCGGAGGAGGGGCCGUCCAGAUCGGUACUUCUUCCCGUGGCUCGGCUAUCCUAAGGAGGGCUCCCGGAUUCAGUUUUCCCGAUAAAGUCGACUUCCAUUAUGAGGGACCGGCUCCCUUAGUGUACGUUCCAGAGAAAUGUGGGGAGUUUCUCUGUCAACUAAGAGGGAGGGCGAAACCUCUUCCUGCUGUGAAGGACCUUAUCUUCGGGGGUGAAUACGAAGAAGCUGCAAGGGCCAAACUGCUGGUAAACGGCUUGGUCCUUUUUUUUUUAAAUUCCUUGACUCCUAACCUCUCACGAUUUCCAUUGUGUCGCGUGUUCAGGGUGAUAGCACGAUGAAUGUCGUGAUUGAUAAAUACGACACGGCGCUUAAAGGAGCCUUGGGGGAGCUCGAGCUGGCCAAGAAAGAGUUUGCUGAGAAGGAAGAGGUUUCUGCUCGUCAACUGAACGAGUCAAGGGCCAAUCUGCAGAAGCUCGACGGGGUGAUGGCUCGCACCGUUGCUCGGCGCGAUGAGUUUAAAGCCGCGCUGGAGUCGUCUCGAAGAACCAUCCGCGAGCUUGAACAGAAGAAUGCUGACCUCGAGAGCGAGAAGGCUUCGCUCGCUGCCACGCACGAGCGAGAGAUGAAACGUCUGAGAGACUCCAGAAUCUUGGAGGUGACGAGAGAAAGGGGGAGGGUUGAGGCGGAAAUGACCGCCAAGGCUAGUCGUUGCUUCGCCAGGAUUCGUUCUCGAGAGGAGCGUCGGGGUCCUUACGACGAGGCUCGGUUACUUCACAGCCAAGCCUUCGGGACUAGGAAGUGCCUCGAGGCCUUGAAAGGAGCCGGGAACGACAUACCGCAAGCCUCUAUCGAUAUGUUCGUCGAGUACGAGAGGAAGUACGAACAAGAGGCUGAGCAGCUGAAGAUUGGCGAGAUCCCUGAAAGCGAUUUUAUACUCUCUCCUCUCGUGUUGGAAUCUCAGUUUGUGGAUGCUCGGAUUCUGGCGGGUCUCGAUCCGUAUGGUUCCAACGCUGGCUUAAUUGACCCGGAGACCGCGGCGAAUCUGCAUGUCUCGUGUACUUUUCCGGUCGGAGAAAGGCGCGAGGAACCGACGCUUCCUAUCGAAAACCCUUUGACUGUUCUUGAGGAAGGGGUGCCUGGUCGAGGAGCCCGAGUCGAUGGAAAUAACGUUCCUGUCCUCGUGCUUUCGGACACUUCAGUCGAGGGUCGCGAUUCGCUGCCUCCAGAAGAGUCUCAUCGGGAUGGCGAGGAAAACACUGGCGAGGUGUCGGAGGAUGCUGCGGUGCAAGUCUCUCCGAUUGCCCGCGAAUCGAGCGUCAGGGCUUCGGAGCUUUCCGCCCUUAAUGAUUGCGAGAGUGAUCGGGAAGCUUAGUUUUCCUUGUUUGUUGUUUUCUUUUG